AUGCUCUACCACUUUUGUUCCGUAUCAUUCCUACCUCUCCGUCUUAUAUUUACUAAUUUACCGGUUCUAUACACCGUGCAGCCAAUCACAAUGCUGCCCUUUAAAUACGUUCCAAUUUUCAUUUUUUAUGUUACUCUUACCUUUCUUUCUCCACACUCAUUCUCAUCCACACUCAUUCUUAUCCAUACCAUUCUCAUCCACACUCAUUCUCAUCCAUACCAUUCUCAUCCACACUCAUUCUCAUCCACACUCAUUCUCAUCCAUACCAUUCUCAUCCAUACCAUUCUCAUCCCAACCAAUCACCAUUUUAUUAAACCCUCCUUAUCAUGCUCAUCCGUUCUUUCUCCUAUUACCGCUCAUCUUUCCCUUUUCUCAUCUUCUCAUUGGUCCACCAUUUUCAUUUCUAAUCAAAAAAAACAAAACGAUACCCUUGCCAUGCAAAUUACCAUUACAGUGCAAUUUCAAAACAACCGCAUGCCGCUCCUCAUGGACGUGCACGAAACUCUGCUCACAUUAAAGGAAAAAAUAUCGAAGCGUAUAAAUACCCCGGCAAGUGAUAUCUCGGUGUACUACAACAACCGGUACUUAACGGACGAUAAGAAAACGAUAAAAGAGCUGAAAAUAGAGAACAACGCGGUGGUGUACCUGAAGAGAAGACGUAGGGAGGUUGAACCUGGGCAGAAGAGCGACAUGACCGAGCAGAUGCUGAAGAACCCGAUGGUGAAAAACAUGCUCAAGAAUCCGGAGGUAAUGAAGGGAAUGCUUGAAUCCUUUCCUGGACUGAAGAAACAGAUCAACAAGAAUCCGGAACUGAGAAUGAUAAUGAACAACCCGAACGCGAUCGAGGAGUUUGAAAAGCUGGCCGAUAAUCCGGAUUAUAUGAGUCAGCAGCUCAAGAAUGUGGACAUAGCGAUGAGCAAGCUUGAGAACAUACCGGGCGGGUUUAAUAUGAUGAACAGCAUGAUAAAGGAUGUACGCGAUCCGCUUACCGGUCUUAUUGCGCAGAAUAACGGGGUGAGUGUGUGUGCAGGUAACCAGGAGGUGCAACGGAAGGUAAUACCGAAUGUGUGGAAGAAGAAAAAAAGCGAAAAUUUCUUUGUCAAGUAUCGCAGAGAAAUUAGUGAAAUAAGGAAGUACGGUUUUGAUAACAUUAACGAUAUUGCGAGCGCGCUUGGCAAGUGCGGGGGUGAUGUUGAUGGUGCUAUAGACGUGCUCUUUAAGAAUCAGUAA